AUGGAGGAAAGACGAGUUGCUGAUUAUUUUGUGGUAGCUGGAAUGCCCGAACAGCCGAAGCUGCUGAAAGAGAACAUAUUCAAUGACUCAUCGCAUCUACGAUCGACAAACAGCAUAGAUCCGAUUACAGACAUUGGAGUAUAUUUUCCUUCGCUGGGUGAGAAAAUUCCUGCCGAUUACGAAAUUCUCGAAAACACUCCGACGGGUUUGUUGGCAGACUUGAAUUAUGGAUCGGUACGAACAACGGGCUGUUUCAUCUACUACCGACGUGGCAAGGAUAAACCUCCGUUGGUCGAUAUAGGCGUAAUGUACGAAGGCGCGGAACGGAUCAUGUCUGAUGCAGAGAUCGUGCUUAGCACACCCGGCGAUCGUUUGGCGAAUGUGAACAAUUCUUCCGCCAAAACGUUUCUAACGUUUCGACGGGCGACCAACGAAAUGCCUUGCAAUGAACUGGUCGUAACGGAUCUGUGUGUCGUGAUACCUUCGAAGGGAGAGAAACCGCCACACGCGUUCUGCAUGAUCCAUAAAACGCUGAACAAGGGUCUCAUGGGAAGCGACGUGUACUUGUGCUACAAAAAAUCAAUGAACCGUCCGAUAUUGAUCAGUUACGAGCCGGAAAUUUUACACCGGUAUCCAACGCAUGAUCAUAACGAUUUUCCGCUUACGUUAUGCCCAAGUGUUCCGCUGUUUUGUCUACCCAUGGGGACAACGCUGGAAGCUUGGCCACAUGUACCAGGAGGAGACGGAAAGAUAAAAAGGAAACCAAUACAGCCAAUCUUUAGUACGUUCGUACUGACCGUUAACGAUGGUACAUAUAAGGUAUACGGUUCAGCUUUAACAUUCUACGAAGAUUUUUGUGAAAAUAACUUGAAUGAACAGCAGCGCGCAUUGUUAGAUUGGACUGGAGAUUCGCAUAAAACGCAUUCCUUGCAUGUGAACAAAUCGAUCUGCAUAUUGUCUCGAUGGCCCUUUGGAGAUACGUUUGAGAAAUGGCUACAGUUCCUGCAUAAAUUAUCCACACUCAACGAAAAGCUUCCCGUACCUAUCGAGCGCUACAUAACUCAUCUGCUUGAUGAGGUACCGUUCCCGUCACCAAGCAUUUUGCUGCAACUGUCUACGCUCAGCAAUACCCGAAUUCUGUUAACGCUGCCAGAAGAUUCGCCUCUACCCCGUAGCGGUGCUGGCUUUCGUCAGCUGCUGUCCAAUUUGGGUCCGGAAAACUGCCUGCAUGUACUGUUGCUGGUGUUAACCGAACAAAAGCUGCUCAUACACUCUCUCCGACCGGCGACACUGACGGCAGUCGCCGAAGCCGUAUCUUCGUUCCUGUUCCCCUUCAAAUGGCAAUGCCCCUAUAUACCGCUCUGUCCGCUCGGCUUAGCCGAGGUACUGCACGCUCCAUUACCGUACCUGAUAGGAGUGGAUUCCCGGUUUUUCGAUCUUUACGAACCGCCCAGCGAUGUAACGUGCGUCGAUCUCGAUACGAACAACAUCAGUUUGUGCGAGUCGCAGAAACAUCUCACCACAAAACUGCUGCCCAAACGAGCGGCGCGCGUUUUACGCCAAACUCUUCGCAAUUUGGAGGAGUUGAGCCAAACGCAAGGUUGUGAUUCGAACAACAGCUUGGAUCGGGAUUUAAAGAAGCGCAAGCGCGAACAAAACCUAGAGCAACGCAUACAGGAAGCGUUCCUACAGUUUAUGGCAUGCAUGUUGAAGGGUUACCGGGAUUAUUUGGUUCCGAUUUCAAAGGCGCCCACCAUCGGUGCGACCGAUCCUAGUGCGUUGUUUCGCAUGGACGCUUUCCUACGGUCGCGGGAUAAAGCGCAUCACAAAUUUUUCCAGCUACUAAUGAAAACGCAAAUGUUUAUCCGAUUCAUCGAGGAACGUUCGUUCGUAUCGGACAGCGAUCAUAAUUUAGCAUUUUUUGACGAAUGUGCCGAAAAGGUUAGCGCGUACGAGGACACACCGACCGAGAUCAAGCUCAUCGAAUGGGAUUCAGGACAGAGCAGCGAGCGCACGAAAUUUAUUCUACCGCCCGAAUGUCAACCUGGCCUGCCGGAUCAACUGUAUGCGUACGAUUCAUUCUCCCUCAAUGCAAUGCUGCUGAAGGAAACUCGCCGAAGCGUGCUUGAUAAUGUGCUGCAACAUCACAACAGCCUGGCGCCCGGUUCACCCAUGGCCCGCCGUACAAAGCAUGAGAUUAAAACAGCGCAAAAGCUAGCCCGUAAACACCAGGGGAAUCCGGAGCUGUGGGCCAAACAUUUGCUUGCUACCUGCUACUCCAUAUACUUCAUCGUUUUGCCGAGCUUAAUAUCGGAAAACACAGGUCGGGAACAUGGCGUGCUGAAAGCGGCAUACGAUUUGCUUAGCAAGGCAUGCAAACUUAAGGUACCGUGCGAUGAGGUGUGCUAUCGCAUUAUGAUGCAGCUGUGCGGUUUGCACAAUCUUCCUGUGUUGGCCGUUCGGUUGCAUUACCUGAUGAAGCGAUCGGGCAUUCAACCUAACGCGCUAACGUAUGGCGUUUACAAUCGGUGCGUGCUGGAAGCAGAAUGGCCAUCAGAUUCUAUCCUAUCGUCGCAAAUGCGUUGGCACCGGCUGCGGAACAUUGUGAUCGGUGCGGCUCAUUUUAAACGAGCUGGUAAAAAAUUUGCCGAUCGUCGGCGGAGAUCGUUGUCGCACGAAAGUAACUUGGUAGGAGGAGCGCUAGAGUUGGUAGAUGGUACAUCGCGAACGAGUUUAGACUCGGGAUAUUCGCAGGCGGAACAACAGAACACCAACGUUACGAUGGACUUUAGCGCCUUCGACAAGCUUCGGGGACGAGUGGGUGCAAUUGUGCGGCAAACUACAAAUACCGCCCAUCAAGAAUCCUCGGACGUACUAUCGAGUGCCGGAUUGUUGAUUAGUGGCGAAGCGAGUCAUCACCUGAAACUGCAGACGAAUGCUGGUACCGUCAAUGCUGGAGGGAAAGACGCAAAAGCUGGAUAUAAAAAGUCACCUCCUACCAAUAGCUGCGAUAUAAGUCCACGGAUGCUUGCGAGAGCGGAUAGCUUUGCAGGCGAUUCGAAAUUUAUUGACAAACUUCAACGCCAAAAUAAGGGCGAUGGGAUGAAAGCGAAGCGGGCGCUAGAUUUUCACAACCGAAGGGAGGCGAGCAUUCAUUCCGAAUCGGAAGAAACGAAGGAAUCUAACGCAAAGGGUAGCCCUACAAAAAUAUCACCUCGCACACUGGUAACGCAGGACGAUCCGUUGGGAGCGCUUAACGACAUGACGGAAGAGUUAACAAUUCAGCAGCGCGAUACCGUCGAGAAACCAUCCGAACAAACCGAAACGAGUAACAACAAUACUAUAUACACCGACCAACCGAUUCUGUUCAAGGGUCAACGUUCAGCGACAUUCGAUGAUUCGACACAGCUCAGCAAGAGUAUGCAACGGUCCGAAACGAUGCCCAUGACAAGUACAGUUACGUCGGGAUUUGGAAGUUUGGGGUCAACGUUAAAGUUUAAUUUUGGCCGUUAUUCACCUGCACGCAUGUCCAUGAAAAAAGACUUGAAAUCACUGUCCACAAACAUGAUAGAGAACAUUUCUAACAUAAGUCCGAGCCUUACUGGGAAAAAAUCAAACGAGAUUCUACAGAGUGGAUUAAGCAGCAUUAAGAAUGCUGCCAAUUCCGUAGCCAAGAAGCUGGAUGAUAUUAAGGAAGCGAUUUCGGCCAAUUCAACACCGGUAAAAACAGGCAGUGGUUUGAACGGUAGCCUGGAACGUGACGGCCAUGGUUCGGAAAACGAUCUUCUGCAUCAUGACGAUCCGGCAGCGGCCACAAAUGGCAACCGUUCGCGACGCGUAUCGAGCGAAUUCGAUCUGUGGGGUCGGUUUAGCGAUUCGCGUAAAUCUAGCUACAAUAACUUGGUUCCUUUAGGUGAAAAUGCUACAUCGACAAGCAGUUUGAAUGCAUAUCCAACGUUGCCAGACAACAUUUAUGCCACAGUCGCGGAGAUAUCGGAGGCUAGUGGUGCAGAUUUUGUUAUCGAAAUAACUUCUUGCUCACAAUGCCAUAACUGCUCGGUACUGCUUUACGACGAAGAUGUUAUGGCAGGUUGGUCGGCGGAAGAUUCCAACCUGAACACCACGUGCAAUGCAUGUGGCAAAGUGACAGUGCCAUUCCUGAAUGUGCAAAUUAUAGCCGAAGGCGAAAAUAUGCAACGAGAUGCCCAGCGUCGAUCUUCGAAGCAUCAACAUGACAUGAUCAGUGUGCCAUAUUUAAAUCCGCUCGUGCUACGCAAAGAGUUGGAAAACAUUCUCGGCGAGGAGGGCGAUUUGGCUCUUACGAAGGCAAAGUUUGUUGAAGAGCAUCCCAUUAUCUACUGGAAUUUGGUGUGGUUUAUGGAGCGGAUAGAUGUUAACACGCAUCUUUCUAACCUUGCCUUACCGAAGCAGGAGGAUGAUAAUCCGGACCCGUUGAGUAAUGUGAAAACCAUUAAUGUUCACUGUUUGUGGGAUAAUCCCCGGCUGCAUUCUGAAGCGGGACCGGCGAUGUAUAUGCUAUGGCGACAGAAUCAACCAGAUAGUACAUUAUUAAAAGCUUUGCUUACUGAUCAAACAUCGAUCAAUCGAACUGUGAUGCAGCAAAUAAUUGCUUCGAUACGAUGCAACGAUUUACUAACACCCAUUAAGCGGUUAGCAAACGAGAGACAAAAGCUGAAACAUCGUGGCGUUGAUCGGACGCACUCGAUCUACCGGGAUAUGCUGUUCCUAGCUUUUAUCGAGAUAGGUCCUGCUAACAUCGAUCUCAUUUCGUUCCAUCGGGAGUAUGCGGCUAUAUUCGAGAAAUUCGCAGCCGAGAAGGAAAGCAGUACGAGUUACCGCAGUCAGGACCUUCCGCCAUCGCCUACGGCCAUAUUUUGUCGUGCUUACUUUAAACCACUACUUCUGCCCUGA